CUUUCAUCACAUUCAAAUCUUCUGCUUUCUUCAGUUUGGGCAACUUAGCAUCUUCAAGAAAGAUCUCAGCAUUCUCGGCCUUUCGCUGGUAUCAUGGCAGCACAUGAAGUGGUAGGAAAAAGCUUCACUUUUUUAAGAAACCCAAAACAUAUGGUAUCUUCUCUUGUAGAGAUUGGAGCACGCCAAGUUGUUACUAGAUUUUUUGCCGCAUAUAUAUCUAUAGGAUCAUUAACUAUAAUGGAGGAUGAUGGUACAAUAUUUACCUUUGAGGGAACAAAUAAUUUUUCCCCAAAGAUUACUUUAAAAGUUCACCACCCUCGAUUUUAUUGGAAGAUUAUGAUGCAAGCUGAUCUAGGUCUUGCAAAUGCAUAUAUUAACGGAGAUUUUUCUUUUGUUGACAAAGAUGACGGUCUUCUUAAUUUUAUAUUAGUUCUCAUAGCGAAUAGAGAUAAAAAUUCAUCUGUUGCAACAUUAAAGAAGAAAAGGGGAUGGUGGUCUCCUCCAUUAUUUACAGCUAGUAUUGCAUAUGCAAAGUAUUUCUUUCGACAUCUUUCAAGACAAAACUCUCUUACACAAGUUCGUAGAAAUAUUUCUCAGCAUUAUGAUCUGAGCAACCAACUUUUUUCCUUUUUCUUGGAUGAUACAAUGACAUAUUCUUGCGCCAUCUUUAAGAUGGAGGAUGAAGAUUUGAAAGUUGCACAAAUGAGAAAAAAUUUUGUUCUGAUAGAAAAGGCAAGAACAAAUAAAAACCAUCAAGUAUUAGAUAUUGGGUGUGGUUGGGGAAGCCUAGCUAUUGAAAUUGUGAAGCAAUCUGGAUGUCAUUAUACUGGCAUCACUUUAUCUGAGGAACAACUAAAGUAUGCUGAGAAUAAAGUUCAAGAUCUUGGCCUUCAGGAUCAUAUAAAAUUUCUUCUUUGUGACUAUCGACAAUUGCCAAGUAAUAUCAAAUACGAUAGAAUUAUAUCAUGUGGGAUGAUUGAAGCUGUUGGACAUGAAUUUUUGGAGGACUUUUUUGGAACUUGUGAAUCAGUAUUAGCAGAAAAUGGUCUUCUUGUUCUACAGUUUGUAUCGAUACCGGAUGAACGUUACGAUGAAUAUCGACUAAGUUCGGAUUUUAUUAAAGAGUAUAUAUUUCCUGGAGUAUGCAUACCAUCAUUAAGUAGGAUAACAACAGCCAUGGCUAGAGCAUCCAAACUUUGUGUGGAACAUUUGGAAAACAUUGGAAUUCAUUAUUAUCAAACAUUGAGGUGUUGGAGAAAGAAUUUCCUAAAUAAUAAGAGUAAAAUACUUGAACUUGGUUUCGAUGAAAGAUUCGUAAGGACUUGGGAAUACUAUUUUGAUUAUAGUGCUGCUGGUUUGAAAUCGCGCACUCUAGGAGAUUAUCAGAUUGUGUUUUCAAGGCCAGGUAAUGUUGCAACAUUCAACAAUCCAUAUCGAAGAAUACCUUCAGCAUAUUGAUAUUGUUUUAAUUACCUUUUACUUUAUGUCUCAAAGUUGGAGUGUUCCACAUUUCUUUUAUUUUGUAAUAAAAAAGAAAAAGUUUUGACAUUAAACAAAAAUAAACUUUGGCUACUAUAUUGGAAAUAACUUGGUUGCAUUUAGCACAAAAAAAAGUCUACGAAUAAAUUGGUAAAUAUUUCAUCCUUGCAUUUAAGUCUAAGUUAAAAGAUAACCCUCAUGAAAUUUUGAAGUUGAACUUUUCUUUUCCACUAUAAUAUUGAAAAACAAAUGUAGCUAUCAUUUUAGGGACUAUUUAGACGGACUUACAAACAAAGUAUUUUAAAAAAUGAAUGUUUUUAAAUAUAAAAAAAUAAAUUAAAAUAUUUAUAAAAUGUAGUAAAA